AUGGCGCUAGAGAGCGAUCGCAGCAACAAGCGACAGAGAGUCACCUCAGACAACCGUGGGCCCGCAUUUCGCAAGGAUGAAGCGGCAUUUGAGGUUGGCUCCAGCUGGCGCGUGCUCGUGCUGCGGCUGGGCGAGCGGUGCAUGGAGUUUGAUGGGCGCAUGGACCCCAUUGAGCAGAUGGACCUGUGUCUGACGGUGGUGAGCCGCAACUUCGACGCCCUCAAGGGCGAGCUGCUGCCGCUCCUAAUGCAGUGUGCAGAGGACCUUCCCCAAAAGGCACCGUUCUACACCACUCUGGUGUCGCUGCUGAAUGUGGACUAUGAGGAGUUUGGGGCCUCAGUGGUGGAGCAUGUGAUGGCAGGCUUGCAGGCGGCCUUUGAAACCGGCGAGUGCAACAAGACGCGCAUUCUGCUACGCCUGCUCGCUCUGCUCUCUGUGGCAGCAGUAGUGCCAGAGUCCGAGGUGUUGCAAGUUUUGUCUCUUCUGGUCGACACCGCCACCUCGCACCUCGACCCGACAGCUGGCGGGAAUCCCAGCUGGCAGCCGAGGGCGGACUUCUUUGUCUUUUGUGUGCUUGCCUGCCUUCCCUUUGCUGCGCAGGACUGGCAGGAGUCACAUCCGGACGAGCUAGCCAGCCUGCUAGCGGCAGUGCAGGGCUACAUGGAAGCCCGCUCGCCCCUCAUCUUCCCUGCACUCGCUGUCUUCGAGCCUCAGCCCACCGACACCACACCGCCACAGGACUAUCUGGAGGAGCUAUGGGAUCGCAUCAAAGCAUGCAAGGAAGAUGCAUGGAAGGCUGAGAGCGUCCCGCGCCCGCACGUGGCAGUAAAAGAAAGGCUCUCCUCUUCCAUGCGCCACCCCCUCGGCCUCUUCACUCCCCCGCCGCCGCCCCCUGCUGCCGUCCAACUCGACACUGAUGCUGACAUGGACGAGGGCGACGACGAGCACAAGCAGACAAGAGCCGCCGCCCGGCAGCGGUUCGAGGCGCUGCAACAGUUCCCGCCCCGGAUUGGCCGGCUGAAGCUGUUUCCACCUGCCAAGACCGACGCUACAAUGUCACCCAUCGAUCGCUUUGUGGUGCAGGAGUAUCUGCUGGACGUGCUCUUCUACAUGAAUGGCAGUCGCAAGGAGUGUGCGAGCUACCUGGUGGGCCUGCCUGUUCCCUUCCACUACGAAUAUGUCAUGGCAGAAACUGUCUUCUCCCAGUUGCUGCUGCUUCCCCGGCCGCCCUUCCGACCCAUCUACUACACAAUCGUCCUCGUUGACCUCUGCAAGGCUCUCCCAGGCGCUUUCCCAGCGGUGCUGGCAGGGGCAGUGAGGGCGUUGUUCUCCCGGGCGGCAAUCAUGGACGUGGAGUGCAGGACACGUGUCAUCCAGUGGUUGGCCCACCAUCUGUCCAACUUUGCGUUUGUGUGGCCGUGGGCGGCGUGGGCGGCAGUGGCACGUCAGCCGGAGUGGGCCCCACAGAGGGUUUUUGUAUCGGAGGUUCUGGAGAGGGAGAUCCGCCUGUCCUACUACGACAAGAUCAGAGAGUCUCUGGGCUCUGCAGAGAUGGAGCAACUCCUCCCCCCCACGCCCGAGCCCGUGUUCAAGUUCAAGCGCAACCGCGCCGCGGGGCCAGGGAGACUGCUGGCCCCCGCAGAGGGCGAGGGGGAGGGGGAGGGGCGCGGGGGGAAGGAGGGCGGGGGGGAAGGGGAGAAGAAAGAGGGGGAGAAGGCGGGGGAGGGAGAGGGGGACCGAGACAUGAAGGAGGGGGGCGAUGGGGAGGGCGGGGAAGGGGGGAAGGACGGGGAGAAGGACGGCGGAAAAGGCGCAGUGCAGCAGUAUGGGGAGGGGGUGGAUGCAGCAGCGGUGGAGGUAGCAGAGGAGGUGAUAGUGAUGGUGAGGACGAAGCGGGCAGGCAAGGAGGUGGCGGCGUGGGUGGAGGAGCAGGCGGUGGGCAAGGUGGGCGGGGACAAGGGCCGCGCGCUAGACGUGGUGGCACAGACGCUGCUGGUGCUGGGGUCAAAGAGCAUCACUCACGCUGUCACUGUGCUUGAGAGAUACGGGCUGGCACUGCAGCUGUUGGCACCUGACCAGGCCUCCCAGGUGCAGCUGCUGCACAGCAUAUGGACGGUGUGGGCCAACGCACCGCAGAUGGCGGCAGUGGUGGUGGAUCGCUGCCUCGGCUUCCGCCUCGUCUCACCGCUCGCUCUCCUCGACUGGUGCUUCCUCCCCACUCAUUACGAACUUUAUCACACCUCCGAGCGCAUCUGGGAGAUUCUCCGCACCGCCGUGUCUAAGGCCGCCAAUCGCCUGCGCCACGUCAGCGCUGAGGUGCCGGUGCUUGAGAGGGCGUCGGCUGUGGCAGCAGCCGCUGCCAGCAAGUCGCGCAGCGAAUGGGAGGCUGCCACGUUGGCAGAGGAGGAGGCGGAGGGAGAGGAGGCGAAAACGCAGGCUGCAGCCAAAGCUGAAUGGGCCAAGCAUCGGAGCAGCAAGGCACAGGAGGAGGCGGAGGCAGCAACAGCAGCGGUGGAGGGCAAAGAGAGGACGAGGCGAGAGGCCGAGGAGGAGGAGCAGGCCCUGUUCAUUGCUCUUUUGCUUCACUUCGCUACGGCCGUCAACAAUCGGCGGGCUGCUGUGGCUGAGGCAGCAGCGCGGGAGGAAGAGGAAGAGGAGGCGAGGAGGGUGGAGGAGGAGAGGAUGGAGGAGGAUGAGGGGGACGACGCGGGGAUGGAUGGAGAGGAGGGCGGGGAUGGUGGCAGUGACAGGGCGGAGGAAGAGGGAGGAGGAGAGGAGGAAGGAGGAGGAGGAGCGGGGGCACAAGAGGCGGCUCAAGGCGGCGGGGGAGAAGGAGUGGAUGCGCUGUGUGCUGGGCCACAUGCGCUCGCUGUGCCGCUACCACAGCCCGCAGGUGUGGCGAAUGCUGCCAGCCAUCGAGGCGCGAGUCUUCCCACAGGUGAACGACCCAGUCAUCCACGACACUCUCAUGUCCGCCCUGCUCUGCCCCUAGCCGCUGCUGCUCUGCUCGUGGGGGUUUCUACUCUGCCGGUUCCUGCUACUCUGCCGGUUCCUGCUACUCUGCCGGUUCCCGCUACUCUGUCAGUUCCUGCUCCUCUGUCCCUAGGGGCGGCUCUGCCCAUAGCUGCUUCUCUGGACCGGACCUAUUACCCAUGCCUGUAUGCCCCUCCCAUGUCUCUCUCAGCAUCCAUUAGAAAGGUGUGUGCCUCAUCUGCACAUGUGCACUGCCUGUAG